AAUGUAUAUGUAUAUAUUACUAUAUAAUUUGAGUAGAUUCAUAAUUGAAUACACCUAGGUGGAGUGCUCUAUGAAAUUUUUAUCUACCGGGCAGGGUUGAAGAUGAGCCCAUAUAUUUAUUGAAAGUUCGGGCUUUGUUGAAAAGUGAUACGGACCCAAGACCUUUUCUUUCUCUUCCAAGUUCCAAUUAGGGUUUAACAGAGUGGGGUGUUGUAUUCGAGUCCAAAACACAGAGAGAAAGGUAACGUGAUGGCUGGUGAAAAAGAAGAAGUGAAGGUUAUGGGAAGAGGAGGAGGAGAGCGAAUGGCACCUUGGGAACAGCACUCAGCUGUGAUAAGUAUCCCUCGCUUCGAUUACAACGCUCCCUCUUCCCUCCUCCAUCACUCUCACUCUGGAUUCCUCGUCACCUGCCCCAUCAAGAGGGAGAAAAGUGCCACAAAAGAAGCCAUGUCCAUCCUUGAAAAGUUUAUUGGGUUCUUUAAUAGUGGCAGCUCUGAAGGUCUGGAAGUCUCUGAUGCAAAUGUUGCUGCUAAGAGAAGGAAGAUAUGCAAGGGGGAAAUAGAUGGAGAAUUCGCUAUUGGUGUAGAAAGUGAAAGUGUUACUCCUAACUCAGCAGACACUGCAGGUAAAGCUUCUGAAGGUUCUUGUUUGUCCUCUGCAAAAUCAGAUACAAAUGUGGAAAGAAAUCCUAUUCUCUCACUUGUUAAGCUGACAAAGAGCGGCUUGGUUUUUUUUACCUUCCCUAUGAAUUAUUCUCCUGAUGUUGUUGAUAUUUUGUCAAAUAUUAUUCAUUCUCUGGAAUCUGGAAGUUUGAGUUUACCACUUUGGUGUCAUCGCAUAUUCCCUGUCCAAGCUACUUGCUGUUUAAAUGAGAAGGAACUUCGUCCAGUGGUGUCAAACCUUGUUCUUCAGUUUGUGAAUAAUAAACAAAACCAACUUGCACGGCCUAUAAAGUUUGCAGUUGGGUAUAACAGAAGAGGAAUUGAGGAGACAGAGGUGAAGAUUUCAAAAAAUACUUCAGGAGAUUCUGAUGCAUUCACUUUGUUAGACCGCAACAAAUGCUUCAGCAUUGUGGCUGCAGCCGUUAAAGAUGCUGUAUCAGAUUCGGUAGUGGACCUGAAAUCUCCAGAGCUUUCUGUUCUCGUUGAGCUGCUACCUAUCUCUGGGGUACCCAUUGGGUCGUUAGUGGUUGCCAUCUCAGUUCUUCCGCACAACCUUGUUAGCACUAAGCCACGACUCUGCAUUAAGGCAUUGGUUUUCAAUAUGAAAGCAGGGAGUGAAAGGAAGAUUAAAUGAUGGUUCUAAGGUCAUAGAUUGUUCUCUUUGCAUAGAAGAGGACUCAAAAUCAAAUACCAUCUGUUGCUAUUUUCAGAAGCGGGUGGAGCUGUGCUUUUCAGCUUCUAUGGGUUUCCCUGAAACCUUGUUGAUCUUUAAAUGAGGAUGUGAUCAUAAAUGGUGCUGAAAGAUAAUGGAGGUGCAAUUGCAUGAUUGUAAUUUCCCAUGUGUCUGCCUCUGCCAGAUUUGCCUUUUGGGUUGCAACUAAUUUUGCCCGUUCACUGGAUCCCAAAUUGCCAAUUGAUUUGUAGUUUUGUAGCUUCUCUUUAUGAGUUUACUUAUCGUUUUGACCUUUUUCAUUUGUUGGCUUGAUUUGGGCUCGUGACAACCACAGAAAAUUGAGCUCGCUUGAACUUGGUUUGUGAGUUCAUAAUAUAUAUAUGUCCGAGUGCUUAGAAGCCCUCAGCUAGUGUUUUAGAACAAGGAUUUCAGUUUUAAUAGCAUUUUUUUUUUCUUUCUAAAUUAUAGGUGGAGAAGGCAAUGUUUGUUGAGAAUUAGAUUGCCAAUGAUAAAAUUGUAAAAUUUAAGUACAUUAUCUAUAUAUAUAUAUAUCUAUUCAUUCACCUAGUAGAUAA